AUGAAGGGCCAACCCAUCGACCAGCUCGUGUACGAGCACAUGUUUCCCAGGCCAAAGACGUUCGACCCCCAGGACUUCCAAGCUCUCCUCCAACGCAGCCUCAUUCCCGAAGUCCGCCAGGAGACACACGCCUUCUACGGCCAUCUUGAGACGCAAGAAGCCAAAUACCCCGGGCUGGACUACACCCAUCACACCCACCGCAUCCGACUCAGCCGCUGGCAAUGGCACCGCCGUCUCUUCAGAGCAUUCGACAGCCUGGGCCUCACGCACGCUGAAAUCUCUGCACUCACCAAGUGGGAGGGCACCAAGUGGGCAAAGGAAAAGUUCGAGAAGGAGCAAGGCAUCAUCAUCAGAGACACUGCUGCCGAUGGAUUCCCGAAUUGGACGGAGCCCGAGCGGCCGUCUGCCCAAGGGCGCUCUGUUAGGAUAAACACCAUUGACAUCUCGAGCCUGAACGACGACAAGAACAUGGAUGCGGAGGAGAGUGAUGAGGAGCUUGCGAGCGUGGGUGUGCAUCUCAACCAGCGUCUGCGUGCGCAGGCGGCCCGACGCGAGGCCGGCGACACAUCCGUCGUCCUAGACGAAGAAUGGGAGCAGUGGCUAAAGAACGCGAUAGAGAGCGGCGAGCUAGCCAUUCUGACGGAGAGGAUGACGGAGGAAAUGCUCAACCAGUCCCAUUCGUCCAACUCCAUGGCUUCCAGCCUUCUUCCCGACGACAUGCUUCACAUGGCACGGGCUGGCCAGUGGUCGGAGAUUCCAGAGUUCCUCCAGCCUCUGCUUCGCCGCACAAUCGACAACGAGAACUCCCUCCGCAACGACCACAUCUUGACGUCGGCGACGCGGUCUACCCUGCAACAGGCCCCUGAUCAUAUUCCUUGGCCACGGCGAACGUAUUCGGAUCUGCGGCUACCAGCGGGAGAAUCAUCCACCAGCCAGUCUGGAACACAGACUUGA